AUGGUGAACGCAAUCCCAAAGCCUAUCAAGGACAUCUGGGACGAAUGGAGUAUCCGAAGUACCUUAAUCUUCAGUCUUAGCCUUCAAACAUUCCUCAUUUUCUUUGCACCUCAAAGGAAACGCGCAUCUAGCAAGAUCUUGCUCUCUCUCAUCUGGUCAGCUUACCUUCUAGCUGAUUGGGCAGCCAAUUUCGCCGCCGGUCAAAUCUCAGAUAGUCAAGGAGACGAUCCAGAGCCCGGAGAACCGGCCAAGAAUGGUGAGCUCUUAGCCUUUUGGGUUCCCUUCUUGCUCGUGCAUCUCGGUGGUCCAGAUACAAUCACUGCCCUUGCCCUUGAAGAUAAUGAGCUAUGGCUCAGGCACUUGUUGGGUCUUGCCUUUCAAUCGAUUGCAACCGUCUACGUGUUUCUGCAAUCGAUACCCAACGCUCUUUGGAAACCUAUAUUGCUGGUGUUUGCGACAGGAAUCAUCAAGUAUGUCGAGAGGACAUUAGCGUUGUACCUGGCAAGUCUUGACAAGUUUAAGGAUUCCAUGAUUCAGCGGCCUGAUCCUGGACCAAACUACGCAAAGCUCAUGGAGGAAUACGAGGCUAAGAAGAUUAUGAAGAUGCCUACACAGAUCAUCAAGAUUGAAGAGCCCGAGAAAGACCCAAGAGACGAUGCUGAAGUUAGGCCGGAUUACUUCACCCACCUCAAUAUUCUCCAGUACGCUUAUAAGUACUUCAAUAUCUUCAAAGGUCUUGUGGUUGAUCUCAUCUUUACUUUUCAAGAACGAGCUGAGAGCAAGCGAUUCUUUAGCUCACUUGACGCAGAUGAAGCUCUAAGAAUCUUAGAGGUUGAGCUCAACUUCAUCUACGAAGCUCUUUACACGAAAGCUGAGAUUCUGCAUAACUGGAUAGGAGUCGGCUUCAGGUUCAUUGCCCUGGGAUGCCUUGUAGAAGCUCUCCGCAUCUUCACAUACAAGAAGAAGGACCAAUAUGAUGGAUUUGAUGUUGGCCUUACUUAUGCUUUGCUGAUAGGAGGAAUAGCUCUGGAUUGCAUUGCUCUUAUUAUGUUCUGUCUGUCUGACUGGACGUUUGUCAGAGUGAGGAAGAUGAAGGACGAGGUGGACGAUGAAGACCAAUGGCAAGAUAAAGUGCUUAACUGGAUUCUUGAGUGGUUUCUAGGGGCCAGGGAGUUGAAGACGGAGAUGUACAAAUGCUUCAAGGGUACCAAGGGUACCAAGUGUACACCGUGUGAUGAAGCGAACAAGGCAGAUGAAGUUAACUGGUUCGUCAAGUAUUUAAAUUCGAUGCUCAUUUUCAUGAAGUUGAAGAACGAGGAGCACAAAUGUAAAACGUGCCAUAAAGUAUUGGACACGAGGUUCCUGGUUCGCAGGUGGUCUGAGUACGUACAUGCACACAACCUGAUCGAAUACUGCCUAGGGUUAAAGCCGAAGCGAAUCCACCAUACCAAAGGUUUAUUUCGCACCUUGCUUGACUGGUUUAUCAAAUACUCUCUCGUUGGAUACGUCUUCGAAGGAAUUCGAAAAGUAAUUGUACUCUGUUUCAACGCCAUAAAAAAGGGAAGUGAUAAGGCUUACAAGUGGUUAGACCUUAAGAUAAGUCUUUUGUGCAAGAAUGGAAAACUGAUAACUGAAGAUCGUCUUAGGUGGUGCAUCUACUGGACAUUUUGGAUUCCUCAUCUACUUGGAUAUCUGAUAAGAAAAUUCAUGGACUUCUUUGGGAUCCAAGCUCAGCUAGAGGAGGUGUUCUACACAUCCAGUGAUCGUCUCACCAUGGAUAUGUGGGUACACAUCUUCACAGAGGUUAAAAAAAAAUCCCGUUUCGCUGAUGGCUCAGAAAGCGCCAAGCGGGUAUCUUCAGCUAGAGGUGACUGGACUCUGCGUGACAUACCAAGUGGUGACGACAAAAUAGCAAACAUGCGUGACAAACUUCUACGCUAUGUGAUGGAAAUGGAUUACGAUCAGAGCCUCCUCGUGUGGCAUGUUGCCACUGAGCUCUUAUACCAAACAGAAGCCGACACAAAUGACAACCAUAGCUACCGUGAGUUCAGUAAAAUCCUUUCAGACUACAUGAUAUACCUCCUGAUGAUGCAACCCACUCUGAUGUCAGCUGUCGUGGGUAUUGGAAAGAUAAGAUUCAGAGACACGUGUGAGGAGGCUAAGAGGUUCUUCCAACGGAGGCAUAUCACGGAGACUGAUGAAAAGAUCGAAGAUGCAGAGAAGGCCAGCAUGGCAAUUUUAUCUGUGAAGACUCCAGCAAAAGCUGAUCCUAUCGACGUGAAAGGUGAUAGAAGCAAGUCUGUGCUGUUUGAUGGGGGCAUGCUGGCAAAGGAUCUUAGAAGGUACAGGGAGCUUAUAAUCAUCAAGGAGCGCCAAGACUCAGAGAAUAACAAGGAGCGUCAAAACCAAGAGGAGAACAAGGGCACAAAGAAGGAAAGUGCCGACGCAAAGAUGUGGAACAUGGUGAGCCAAGUGUGGGUUGAGUUGCUUUCUUAUGCAGCGACUAAAUGUGGCGCUAUAGAACACGCAGCUCAGCUAAGCAAAGGUGGAGAACUCAUCAGCUUUGUCUGGCUAUUGAUGGCUCAUUUUGGACUAGGAGACCAGUUCCAGAUCAAUCAAGGAGAUGCCAGAGCCAAACUGAUCGUAGGCAAGUGA